UAUUAGGUCUCUACUGCCAGUCUCCUCAGUGAAACGGUCGAUCGAGUUUCUAAUCAUAGCGUCUGUUAACGUUGGUUUUUUGUUUUCGUUGCGACCAAAAACCACUGCCAAAAUGGUUGACGCUCUCAUCGGAACAUGGAAGCUCGAGACGUCAGAAAACUUCGAGGAGUUGCUAAAGGAACUCGGCGUCAACAUGGUGUUGAGGAAGGCCGCCACCGCUACGAAGCCCAAUGCCGAGAUCUCGAAAAAUGGCGACGAGUGGACCAUCAGGAGCGUUUCGACCCUGAAGACUACUGAGAUCAAAUUCAAGAUCGGUGAAGAAUUCGAGGAGACCAGGGCCGACAAUAGCAAAGGCAAAUCAACUUUCAUCAUCGACGGCGAUAAGCUCAAACAGGUUUCCGAAAAGGACGGCAAGCAAUAUAGCACUGUUCGGGAAAUCGUUGGUGGCAAACUCAAGGUCACCGUCACAAUCGGCAACAUUGUCUGCACUAGGGUCUACUCUAAGGUCUAAAUACCUCUAGAAGGUUUUGACACGCAUUUUGGUUGCGUAAGACAUCAAACAUUAGAUUAUCAUACAAUGCAAACUUUACAUAACGGAUAUACAAGCUAUUUUAGUUGCUAUGUCAUUAUCUAUUGCUAGGCACUGGUAAUAAUAAAAACAACGCUCGUCAUCGAAGAGCACAAAAUA